GCAGAAACGAAUGGUUGCGUUACGUGUACGCAGAAAUGAAGCUUUUGUACACUACGUUCGACGUAAUGGUAUCUGUGUCGGAAAUAAAAAAUCAAAUAUUGGGUUAUAGAGUCAAUAACAUUUACGAUGUGGAUAAUAAAACAUACCUUUUGAAACUUGCCAGUACAAAAUCCGACGAUAAGGCGAUCUUGCUGCUGGAAUCCGGCUCGCGAUUACACUUAACCGACUUUGAUUGGCCUAAAAAUGUAAUCCCUUCUGGGUUUUCCAUGAAGCUACGCAAACAUAUAAGAAACAAGAAGAUCGUUGAUAUCUACCAAAUAGGAGCCGAUCGCGUUGUUGAUAUUCAGAUUGGUUAUGAGUCAUCUGCUUAUCAUUUGAUUCUGGAAUUGUACGAUCGAGGAAACAUGCUUCUUACUGAUGAUUCAUUUACUAUCCUUCACUUGCUUCGUCCUCGAACUGACAAGAAUCAGAAUAUUCGAUUUGCAGCCCAUGAAAAGUACCAUACAACAUCAUGUCGGCAGAUCUUAGAGUGCUUUCGCGACCUUAAAGAUCAAGAAUCUCUAAAGGAUAUUGAAAACUUCCUCAUUCCAUUAUUCCAAUCAUCCAAGGGACCAUGGACUACCAAUGUACAAACAUGUAAUAACCCAUCGAUAAAUAAAACGUUAUCUUUGGAAUUACCUUAUGGGAGUGUCAUCAUAGAACACUGUAUGCGUCUAGCGCAAAAUGAAGUUAAACGGAUGAAGCCUCAUAAAGAAGACUUCCAGCUGGAAUCUGCGAAAACAGACUUAUUAGAGCUGUAUAUCAAGCACUUCGCUGUGGCCUUAAGGGAUAUUUUACUAAUACCCUACUUAUGUGACAGUCAAGCAACUCCACAGGGUUAUAUAUUUGGGAAAUCCCAUCAAUCUGCGGACGAAGGUCUGCAAAGUUAUGAAGAAUUCCAACCAUUCAUGUUUGAACAAUACCGAGGUAAACCUCACUUAGCAUUUAAUAGCUUCAAUAAGGCUGUGGAUGCAUACUUUUCAAAAAUUGAAAGUCAGAAAACACUCGAACAAAUUUCAAGAAAUGAACAAAAGGCUAGUAGAAAAGUUGAAAACAUUAAGAAGGAUCAAGAACGGCGUUUGAUGUUACUAAAAACUGAACAAGAGUUGGAUAUGCAAAAGGCGUACUUACUUGAGGCUAAUCGUCAGCUUGUUGAUAAUAUUAUUAUUAUGAUCAAUCAUGCACUAUCAAAUCAAAUAGACUGGAAAGAAUUAGAAUUAAUCAUUGAAGAAGCAAAACAACGUGAUGAUCCACUUGCCUGUCAUAUUGUCGAGUUAAAACUACAAACAAGUCAGGCUGUCAUACGUUUAAAAGAUCCUUUUGAAAGUUCGGUCGAUGGUGAUGAAACUUUAGUUGGAUCAAGCAAGAAAGAUGAUUAUACAGAAGUAGUUGUAGAUAUCGACGUGAAUGCUUUAACCAAUGCACGAAAAUAUUAUGAUAAAAAACGGGCUGCUAGUAAAAAAGAGGAGAAAACUAUCAGCGUUUCACGUAAGGUUUUAAAAUCAGCCACACACAAAGCUGAAAUAACAAUGAGAACUGCUAAAACUAUUGCACAAAUUACCGAAGUUCGUAAACCAAUGUGGUUUGAAAAAUUCUUCUGGUUCAUCAGUUCAGAAAAUUACUUAGUCGUCGCUGGUCAUGAUUCACAACAAAACGAAGUUUUGGUAAAGCGUUACUUAAAACCGGGUGACAUAUUUGUUCACGCAGAUAUACAUGGAGCUAGCACUGUCAUAGUAAAGGCCAGACAUUUGACUUCUGAAGAAGUAGAUUCUACAAACCAUCAGAAUUUAUUGCAUCAACAAAGUUUACCAUUGCCUCCUCCAAAAACUCUUCUAGAAGCUGGAAAUAUGGCAGUUGUAUUAAGUUCGGCAUGGCAAAGUCAUGUCCUAACAAGAGCUUGGUGGGUUCAUCAUGACCAGGUAUCGAAAACAGCUCCAAGUGGUGAAUAUUUAACAUCCGGGUCAUUUAUGAUACGUGGGAAGAAAAACUAUUUACCUCCAUGUCCCUUCGAUUAUGGAUUUGGAAUUAUGUUCAAAUUACAUGAAGAUUCUAUAUCUAAACAUAAAGGGGAACGUCAUAUCGUCAUUGUAAAUACCCCAUCUGAUGAAGUGCCUGUUAAUCAGUUCGAAUCCUUAGCUGUCCAGGAUGAUGACGAAAUUACUGAGUUCCCUGAUGCCAUCCUUCAACUUGAUUUAGCAAAGGAUCUUUCCGGGAACAAAGAUGCUGAUGUAUUGGAAAUUAUACCAGAAAAUCCUCUGAAAAAAUGUAACACAAAAAGUCAAAAGGUUGAAAAAUUGAAAUCAACGAAGAAAACAAAUUUAAACAAGGGAACCAUUGAAGCAAAAGAAGAACUCAAUGAAACAUCAUUACCAUCAGCUGGUCAGCAAGUCUUAAAACGUGGUCAAAAGGCUAAACUAAAAAAAAUCAAACUAAAGUACAAAGAACAAGAUGAAGAAGAAAGAAAUCUUCGAAUGAAGAUACUUCAAGGAGAUGAUGCCAAACCAAGUCAGUAUCACCAAAUUCUUGAACGUGAUAACUUGUCGAACUCAAUUGAAACUCUACAGCCUAUACCGGAUACCCAAGUUGUUUACAAUUCAGAUAGUAUACAAAAUAAUCAACCUGACAAUGAUCACAAUGAAUUAUUCAAUAAUUUGAGCAUUGAAACCGACAAUUGUUCUGUCAAAUCAAAUGAAAGUGAAGUGACUUUGCAAUCUUUAGAAGUUGAUCAUAUAAAAACUAAUGAUAAUGAUGAUAAUGAAGAUAUUCCAAUUGAAUCGAAAGAUGAUUUAACUUCUUUGUUAAACUCAUUGACUGGCCAACCUAAUGAUGAUGAUUUGCUAUUAUAUGCUAUUCCAGUUUGUGCCCCUUAUUCAGUUCUAUUAAAGUAUAAAUUCAGAGUUAAACUUAACCCGGGAACUACGAAACGAGGAAAAGCAUCAAAAAUGGCAUUGUUCCAAUUUACGUCGGAAAAAUCCACAACUAACAGAGAACGAGAAUUAAUACGUGCAAUCAAAGAUGAAGAAGUAUCGCGAAAUUUUCCUGGAUGUGUGAAGUUAACGUUAUCUCAAGUUAAAUCCUCACGAAAAAAAUGAUACUUAUUUUCUCUAUAUUUUUUAAAAAGCCUGAUUUUGAUUUUUUUGUAAGUGCUUAUUACCUGACAUUCUUAACCAUACUGGACAGGACUUUGUUUGUAAGUACCCCUCACUUUUCUCUUCGACUUUCAAGUGUCUUUGAACAGUUUUACCAGAAAACUCACCUAGUUUCUCUGAUUGUAUAAAAGUUUCCUACUGUAGUCAGGUCUUUUUCUAAUCAAUAAUAAACAUUUGUUUAUCUGCUUGAGGUUUGUUGUAGUUGUGCUUUUGUCAAAAACUAAUUGAAAAACAGUUCCUUACAUAUAAAGAAUAAAAUUGCAGAGUGACAGGUUUCUAAGUACUCGAUAUUAGUAUCCUUAUAGUUUGACAUGAUGUAAUUCAUGUUUAAAGGUUGUAAUUAAAAUUUUUUGGACCC